AGCAGCUCCACAUUUGGCCUCUUCCCAUCCUCUCUCCCUCAGGAAACACAUCCUGCUGCUGCGCCAGCCACCGUGUCUGUUGCACACGAGAGAGAGGGAGCGACGCCCCCUGGGCUCCAGACAAAAGAGUACACAACCGUGACGUCUGAGAGGGUCUUUGGACAUUCUCUCACACCAACACACACACACACACGUAAAGUGGUCGUGAAGGAGGGACCCGUCCGUUUAAAGCUCGCUGCUGUGGCGAAGUGAAGUCUUGGAUUAUGACCAACAGAAACUCCCCCACAGCUCAACUCUGACCUCCAGGCUUUGCAGAGACUCAGUGAGCGAGGGAGAGAGGGACCGACGGCGAGAAGCAGAAGGGUUCAAGGGUUCUGGUUCCAGUGAGGCAGUGCGGGGUUCUCUAGAGGAGACAGUCCCAGUAAAGCCACUCCGAGCAGCACUGGUCCAACAGAUCCUUGUUGUUGCAUUUGUCCUCUUCCGAAGGCGUCGUGAAGAGCUGAAGGACAGAAAUCGACUGCCAACACAGAGAAUCCAGCUGCACACACACAAGUCAGACCAGUGCAAGGAGCAGCAUGGCGUAGAAGGAAAGGAGGCGACAACAUAGGAGGGGAAGAGAGAGAGCCAGGAGCACGCUCUGGGAGUCACGCUGCAGCCAGACGGAGCCGCUGGGAUGGACCCCAGGGCCUCUUGGAUUAAUCCCAGCGUUCCCGCGGUCCUGUCCGAGGAGGAGGGCUGAGGAUCUGCUGCAACACCCAAAUCCUGAAUGAGGAUGAAUGGAGAUGUUCUUUAGCUAAGCCUCAAGACAACACUCUCGCCCAUCCACCUCUGUGUGAGCUGGGACAACACUCGCUAACAGCUGGAGGAGGAGGAGGAGAGGAGCCAGGGGCCCCAGAGCGCUGCUGCUGCCCCGGAGGAGAGGCGAGGGAGCGGGCAGGACGCCGCCGGGCAUCGGGGGUCGUCGGCGGGACGCGAGGUGGCGGUGGUCCGGCGCCGCAUGGCCGUGCAGAGGCUGGUGGCGGCGGCGGUGGCGGUCGCCCUGCUGUCACUGGUGCUGAAUAAUGUGGCCGCCUUCACCCCCAGCUGGGUCCUGCAGGCUUUGGAUGACGGGCGCAGGAGGAGCGUGGGGCUCUGGAGGAUGUGUCCCCUGAGCGGGGAGCGGGGCGAGCUCCCGGCCGGCAUGAAGGGGCCGCAGUGCGAGGGCCUGGGAUGGGGCGCCGAUUAUUUCGGCUACCAAGAAUCCCGCAGCACGGUCAAGCUGCAGUUCGACAUGAUGCGGGCGUGUAACCUGAUGGCGACGGUGGCGCUGACCGCCGGGCAGCUGAUCUUCCUCCUGGGCCUGAUGGAGGUGCCCUUCAUCACACAGGAGUCCCAGUGGUGGGAGGAGGCCAUUGCUGCACUCUUCCAGCUAGCCAGUUUCGUGCUGUUGAUUGGACUCGUGACGUUCUACCGGAUCGGGCCCUACACACACCUGUCCUACUCCUGCUACCUGGACAUCGCCGCUUGCCUGCUGGCCACGUUGGCGGCGGUCAUGCUCAUCUGGAACAUCUUACAUCGCCGCGACGACUGCCUCGCACCUCGAGUGAUAAUCAUCAGCCGCUCGCUGGCCUCGCCAUUCCAUCCGCGCCUCGACAACGACUACGUGGAGUCGCCCUGCUGACCGCGGGACCCGAGCAGGAAGUAAAAGACGCCGAGCCGCCGCUCCCAUCCUCUCGUCUAACUCCGGAGUGACUCUCGAGAAGAGGGCCUUCCUGCGGCUCGCCCUCUUUCACUGCAUUUGUGAAACUCUAUAUGUCACAACCUUUCCCACCAUAAACAGCUUCAGAUGAUGUAUAAAUCAACCUAACAUAUCCAGACCGUAUGACGGUUCAUGUAUUCAUGCUCGGCUGAGCGCAUGUGUGGCUAAACAAGGAAUGUGGAGAGGAAUGUCUCGGUGGAACAAACUGCUGGUGAAAAGAUCAAGCUGGAACUUGACCUGUUUUCCUCUAUGUGCUCUCAUUAAAUGGCCUCCUGCAUCAUUAGGAAUUGGAAAUUCUGAAAGCUGUUGAAAGUGUAAUACCAGAAUACCUCAUAUUUGUUUUCAGCAUUUUAAAGCGUAUUCAUGUAAAACAUAGUAUUAUGAUUAAUGACAUGUGUUGUAAGUAAGUAAACAAGAUAGAAGCAAAAGAGCCUGUCAAACAUUUUGAGUGUGCGUAAUCAAACAUAUUUCAUUAGAAAACAGCCGAUGAGAGGUGCUAUGUUGAUUAAAUAAACAACAACAACCUACGGAAAUGAGGGAAUCAUCUUACUCUCUCUGAAUGCGUCAUUAUCACAUUCAUAUUUUUACGAUCGAAGAUAGAAAAACACAAAUUAACUGCCAAUUAAUGUAUGGAAGUGAUUUGGAUUUUUAAAGCAGUAAUUGUUAAAUUGAUGGGAACACAUGUUUUGGCGAAGUGGAUUUCACUUUUAAAUAACACAGAUUUAAAAAUGCAACCGUCACGAUGCCCUCCACACACACACCCUGCUCGCUCGUGGUACACACUGGAUACUAAAAUUAAUAUAAUAUGUCGGUAUAAAGGAUAAUGCUAUCAUUCGUAGUAGAAUUCUUGUGAUCAUAUCAUACUUCUGCCAAUAACUUCAGGCUAUCAGGGGUUCAAACAUAGGAGCACAUUAAAAUAAUAAUAUAACGUAUAAAUGUAAUACAUUUAUUGGUAAAUAUUCAAACGGGUUGUUGUUGUUGUUGUUGUUGCUGUUUCGGUGUCCAACACCACACCUGACAAAUGGACAACACAGAACGUUAUUAAUUAGAACAUUUUAAAUGACAUAGAACAUAUAAUUAUUUAGCUUUUAUUAACAGAAUAUUCUGAACUCAAGGUUCACCGACUAACUUUCUUUCUGGAGCUUUUGACCAUAUUAUUAUUAUUAUGGUUUUAUUCAGCAACUAGUAUCAUGUGACCCAAGAACAGUACUAUUCACAGAACGCAUGUCAGAUGAUAACAAGUGGUUUAUACAGUAUAUAUAUAUAUAUAUAUUAGGGCUGUCAGCGUUAACGCGUUAAUCUAUGCGAUUAAUUUGGCCGCGUUAACGCACUAAAAUAUUUUAACGCAAUUAACGCAAAUGUUUUUUUUUUUUUUUUUUUAAACCGCGGCAGUACGGUUUGACACUGUUUCCGUUUUUAAAACAAUCAUUUCUCCGCGAAAAUAAGGAGCAUAAAUGAGUUUAACUCGUGGAUGAAUCAGUCGGGUUUCCUCCUGCUCCUCCUUCCUCCGUCUCCCCCUCUGAUACUCAGAGGAACGGAGGGGCGACGUGUCGGGUGACGCGGCGCGGAAAGAACGCGACACACGAAACCUUCAACGUGAUUGGUCAAUCCGUUUGUCUGUCAACAUUUCGGGGGGAAAAAACAACCAAUGAACACUCAGUAAAUCACAAAGGACCUCCACAACACAGGUAAGGCUCAUUUAGCAGCCUGUCAGUCAGAGAACCAGAGAACACGGCGCGAGGACAAUGAGGCUCAUUUCAGAGCUGAGAUUGUUCUGGAAUGUUUGAUGUAGAACACGUGGGGAUGUGUCACAUGCAAAAGACUUUAAACGGUGAAUUUAAUUUAUUUUGUAAAAUGUAUAAAAUGCCCCCAGCCUCCAGAGGGUUAACGUGACAUAUGUGAAUGUCAGUCAGUUAUCAAGGCCACUGGUUCUGCUGUUCAGUGGUAAAGAUGACAGGACCAAUGGGGUCUCAAUAUACUUCUUUUUUUUUACUAAUCUGAUGUUUCACUGAAGAAACAAUUGAUCAUCCACGAUAUUAAAUACCUCGCUGGCACUGUAUAUGUAGGAGCCUCUUUGAAAACACAGCUCUGUGUGAAGUUUUGUCUUUAAAAAAAAGGGAAACACUUUUAACCCUAACCCUAACCCUAACCCUAACCCUAACCCUAAAUAUUUAACCCUCCCCCCGCCUUUGGGUCAUUUUGACCUGAUUCAAUGUUUCACCCUCCUGUUACCUUUAUAUUUACUAACAUAUUUUACCCUUUGGGUUCAAUUUGACGCCAGCAAUUAAAACCUCCAGAAAAUUAUUAGAAUUAAUAUUGUUUUCCAAGUUUAAGUGUGAGGCACUUUAUGUUUGUUUGUUGACUACCGAAAGAACACCGACAUUAAACAUUGAAUGGGGUCAAAUUAACCCGAAGGCGGCAGGAGGGUGUAAUAUUGAUUCGGGUCAAAAUGACCCAAAGGCAACACAAGGGUUAAACGGUGAAUUUAAAUUUUUUUGUAAAAUGUAUAAAAUGCCCCCAGCCUCCAGAGGGUUAACAUGACAUAUGUGAAUGUCAGUCAGUUACCAAGGCCACUGGUUCUGCUGUUGCUCAAUGUUAAAGAUGACAGGACCAAUGGGGUCUCAAUAUACUUCUUUUUUUUUUACUAAUCUGAUGUUUCACUGAAGAAACAAUUUAUCAUCCACAAUAUUAAAUACCUCACUGGCACUUUAUAGGUAGGAGCCUCUUUGAAAACACAGCUCUGUGUGAAGUUUGGUCUUUAAAAAGAAUGAACUUUUAACUUUUAAUUGCGAUUAAUCGCGAUUAAUCGCGAUUAAUUAAUCGCAAUUUCAAAAUGUGCGAUUAAUUAGUUAAUUUUUUUAAAUCGAUUGACAGCCCUAAUAUAUAUAUAUAUAUAUAUAUACACACACACACAUAUAUAAAUAUAUAUACAUAUAUAUAAAAUUAAUAAUAAAAUAUAUACACAUAUUUAUAUAAAUACAUAUAUAUGUAAAUAUAUAUAUAUAUAUAUAAUUAGUAAUAAUAAUAAAAUAUAUACACAUAUUUUUAUAUAUAUAUAUAUUUAUAUUCUCGAAGAGGACUGUGAGAUAUGAUUGAAAGGUCAAGAAAAGGCUUCAGUAGUAAGUGAACAUGGUCAUGAAUGAACCUCGAGAUGAGUUCAUUUAUAUGAUCUAUAGAACAUCUAUUGCAGACAGCGUGCUGCGCUUACUGCAUAUUGCUGUAGGUGUUGUGUGUUAUCGCUAUUGAACGCUAACACACUCGUAUCUGGUCUCUUAUCAGUUAUCUGGUAGCAUCAUUUUAAAUCACAAUACCAUCAUUGAAGAACUCAAACCUGCCGGGUAGAAGAUGAUAAAAAACUGCUCCAACUAUAAAGAUAAAUAUAGACAUCUACAUUUGAUCCGAUUACAAUUCUAGUGUUUGCUUCAUGGAACGGAAAUACCUUCUGAGAAGAAUGAGUGAAUGUGUUCAUGCAGCGAGUUACAUUCCCUGAAAAAUGGCCCCAAACUGAGAGCAUGAGGGUCACAUGUACCUCAGCCAACUAUGAGGAUCUAUCAUCCAUCAGUCUCCGCUUCACUCCUCUACACUUCCUUGGGUGUUAUUGUUCCCGGUGGAAGGGGGGGGGGGGGAGGGAUUUGCUUUUAAAUAGCAAAUGCAGUGGCAAAAAUGACAGCGCGAGUACAGGGUUGCAUUCAUGUCGCAGAUAACCCCGCAGCAUGUCACCUGAAGUCAAGGACACCAUGAAUGAGAGGAAGCAGCUCAGUCUGGACUGAAAACAGACAUUCCAACCUAUCCGACUGUGGGAGGCAGGAGGAAUGUCAUGCUGAGAGGAUGUGUUUGGGUUUUAUAUUUGAUUCUCAGUCUCCAUGGAAGAGACAUGUACGAGAGGAAAUAAGCCGGACUCGAGUCAAUUCAGAAAUCUGCCCCAUUGAGACGAGUCCCAGGAGGUCCAGGCUCAGGAAAUGCAUAUUCCUGUGGCUGGAUGCGGGAAUCCAACACAAUGCUGACCUUUUUUUUCUUCUCUUUUUGUUUUUUUAAAAGAAGCAGCAGUAAAAAUAGCCAUCAAUGAGCAACUUAGUAAAGCUGUCAUCGUGCCUAUUAAACUCUCUGGAAUAUCCGGCCAGUGUGAUAUGCUGUUUUCCCAUUUGUUUGUUUUUAUGUUAUUUCCUCAUUUGUGUUAGAUGUGUGUGGCAAAGCACAAAGACAGCAGAAUACAGACAGAGUGCCUCGAAUCACGUACUCUGCUCAAGAGCAUAUCAAAUCGGUUCUGAAAUCACACACACACACACACACACACACACACACACACACACACACAGGAACACACAUGCAGAUCCUUCUAGUGGCCUGACUCAAUGUUUGCAGGAAUGGAAAGGGCACUCCUUUUGGACCAAGCUGGCAAGGGGGAUCUACUGUGUGUGUGUGUGUGUCUGUGUGUGUGUGUCUGUGUGUCUGUGUGUGUGUUUAGAAAAGUACAUCCCCUCUGAACACACCCGCACAGUAACAGAAACAGUCUCAUCGCCCAUAAACACAACAAGAGUUCCUUCCUGAAGCACAGACACAAAGUCCUUCAUCAUGUCCUGUGUUUAAAAUAUAAUUUCAUGUUGUUACAUCAUCAAAUAAAAGCUAUCCUCUGGUGGAA